AUGGUCAACGAAGCUGCCAAUCAACCUUCAUGUGAUAACUCGAUUAAAUCGAAUUAUGUAGCUAAGACCGUGGAGGCCCCUGUGACCUCGACAUCUAGUUCUGUCCAAACUCUACCAAAUUCAUUAAACUCUAAUAAUAAUAAUAUAGUAAAGUCUGAAAUAUUAACUGUUAAUGAAAAUAAGAAUCUGGGACCUGAUAUUGCUGCAGAAUCUAGCGAAACGCCUAUAGUGUCAGCAAUAUCAGAUAGUCCUGUUAUAGUGCCUAAAAUGACUACAAACAUUAAGCAACUCCAAAAAAAUAGUGAUCAGACUGUGCAGUCUUUAGUUCUAGAUACAAAUAAGAAUGUACCACCUAAUAAGCAUUUUAAACAAGUCAGACAUGUGCCUCAAGUCGAUGAAGUAGAAAAGCCUUCGGAUAAUAUAAAUGUUGCCCCCGUAACAAUAGUAACGGUAGCGCCAGUUACCGCAACCGCAACAGUAGUUGCGUCUACAGUGCCUGUACCUUUGCAAACCACUGCAUCAAUUAUAACGCCUACGCCCGUGCCUACCCUUAUGCCCGCUCCUCAACCACAGAGAAUAAGGGAACCCAGGGAAAGACUCAAAUCAGAAGAUAAAGAAAAAGCUAAAGAAAUAGAAACAAAGGAUAAAGAGAACCGUGCCUCGUCCAUUAAACCUAAUGGACCUACACCGUCAAUAGUGAGUAGUUCAAUUGGUAGCUUACCGGAAGCUAAUAACCCUUCAACUAGUCAAAAUAAUCAAGUAAUAGGUGUGGAACCAACAAAAAAGCAUAUAGCACUAAAGCAAUCCACCCCAGCUCCUGAAAUAAAACCUCCUGUGGUUCUAGAAACUAAUAUUGAAGCUGUUGUCAAGAGCGAGCCCAUAAUUGAAACUCCACCCACUGCUACGCAGUUGCUAUCAGCUAGUAUCGAGAAAGUUGCUAAGGAGCAGAAUUCAGCUCAUCAAAAGGCAACAGAAGUUAAAGAAGCAUCAAGUGCGAUUGAAGCCCAAGCUAAAUUAACACAGAGUAUAUCAAGUGUAUUACGCACCACACAACCAGACACAAAGAUGAAAGAUAUUAACCUUAAUAUCAAGGCCACAGAUCCUGAUUCUGCAAACGGAAACACUAACGAAGUUACUAAAACUGAGACUGUAAAAGAUGAUAUCAAUAAAAAUGAGAAGGUGACAAAAAAUUCUAAGAAAAAACCUGCAAUUAAAACGCCACAUAAUGAUGUUAAUAUCGAAAAAACUGAGUCAUGUGAGAAUGGCAAAAAUGAGACUGAUAAAGUAGAUAAUAUAGAAACAGAAAAAACACAAUUACCCAAUGAAGAAGUAGCUUCACCUAGUAUGUCACUGCCUGAAGAGGAAAAAGCUGCAAAGGAAUCACCUGCCGCUAUUUUCACACCGAAAUACAAAUAUGGGGAAGAUCAAUGGUCUCCACUAAAUACUGCUGGUAAAAAAUGUUAUGAUAUUGACUUGCUCAAGCAAAUCAAAGAUGAUCCUCUAUCUAAAAAUAAACCCAAUGUUCCAUUAUUGGAGCAAUGGAACGUCAUUAGGACCACACCUAUGCAAGAGCCGCCAUCGUUUACACCUAACUUGAGGCCUAUGAAUGACUCACUUUUUCCACCAUUUGCCAAAGGUGCUGGUAUGGGUUCAAGAAACAAUAUACCAAGAGAUGCUAAAAAGGACUCAAGGAAUAUGACACCUAGUGGUAAGGGAAGUGUGAAGUUAACACCAAAUACUGGUGGUAAUAGUCCACAUAAACCAGUUAUCCAUGUGUCAUUGUCUUUAAGAGAAGAAGUAAAAUUAAAUGAGGUGGAUUCAGCAUGGAAGCCUACCAGAUUCCGCAAGGAUAACAUUACUGAAGAAGAACAGCGAACGCAGGAGUUGUAUAAGAAGUUCAGGGGUAUUUUGAAUAAGUUAACUCCCCAGAAGUUUGAUACUUUGCUUGAUAGAGUGAAACACUUGGAGAUCAAUAACCAGAAGCGGUUAGAAGGUGUCAUUGAUCUGGUGUUUGAGAAAGCUAUUGAUGAGCCUAACUUUUCUGAAGCGUAUGCUGCAAUGUGUAAUAAAUUGUCUGUUCUCAAGGUACCUGCUGAUAACCCAACAACACCAGAUCAGUGUGUGAAUUUCAGGCCACUUAUUAUUACCAAGUGUCAAAAUCAAUUUGUGACAGAUAAAAUUGAUGAGCAAGUAUUGAAGUUAGAAAAAGAGUUAGCUGAAUGUACAGAUCCUGCAAAGAAAAAAGAAAUUGCAUUGAUGAUAGAUGAAGAAAAUAGAAGAGCAAGAAUGAGGUCUGUUGGCAAUGUUAGAUUUAUUGGUGAGCUAUAUAAGUUGAAAAUGUUGAAACCUAAAAUAAUGGAUUAUUGCAUGAAGCACCUAAUAGAAAAAUUAGAAGAAGAAAAGCUAGAGUGCUUAUGUAAAUUGCUUACAACAAUUGGUAAGCAAGUGGAAAGUGAGGGAAGUAGCCAAAUCGAUAAUAUUUUCAAGAAAAUGCAGGAAAUAGUUAACGACAGAAAAUCUAAUAAAAUCAGCAGUCGUGUCAGGUUUAUGCUUCAAGAUGUAAUUGAGCUGAGGAAACGAAAAUGGGUUGCUAAGACUGUAAUAGAUUCUCAACCGAAAAUGAUGGAUCAGAUUCAGAAAGAAGCUGAACAGCAACAACGUCACAUUGAGCUGAUGAAUGCAUGCCCAAUUGGAGGAUACCGUGGUCGAGAAGAAGGUGGCCGUGGAAAGCGUGGUGGCGAUAAUCGUAGACAAAAUUCGAACAAUGCAUUUAUGGAUAACGCUUGGAAAUCGUCGUCAAGAACUCCUGUAGAUACCUUAAAAUUAAAGUCAGUUACACAAAAGAACCUUACUAACAUCAAGCUGGCUCCUCACAACUCGUCAUGGAACCAUGGUUCAGGUAUUAAGAACACUUCCCAAGUGAGUAGUAGUUCGACUAUCAGCCUCUCUAAAAAUAUGUAUAGUGUGCUUGAAAAUGCCCAAACUGAUCCUACGACACUCAGAGGUAACAGAGACAUGACGCCUAGCUAUCACUCGAAGGGUGCUUCUAUAGAAAGGUCUACAUUUAACUCAAGAGGUGAUUUCACAAGCGGUGGUGGCAGUCGCUCUGGGUCUGUAGGUGUGGCCCGCUCUAAUUCAGGAACACGUAGCACGAGUGCGGCACCAUCUACGCCUCCGAUCACUAACGAACCACCAGCGCCAAUGCCCGCGCCCGCUCCCAUUCCUCAGGAACCUUUGCCAGAGGCGAAAAAGAAGUCUGUCAAGUCAAUGAUAGACCUCAGCCUUAUUAACCCGAAUGAUGAUGAAAUUGUUGCUGAAGUGAAGCAAUUAUUCCCAGUUCAGUACCAUGCGGAUGUAGUAAGCGAAAUACUUGAGAUUGCCAUGGAAAAGGGAGCAAAGGAGUAUGGAAUGAUAGCUAAGUCAUUGCUUUACUUAGUUUCUACAAACACAAUAUCAAUUGAUAAUUUUGUAGCAGGAAUAAAGAAUAUUCUAGAAUGUGCUCCAGAUUUAUACAUAGAUAUACCAAUGUUAUAUGACAACUUAGGAAAGCUUAUAACACCACAAAUAGAAAAGAAGCGUAUCACGUUUCUAGAGUUCUAUAGACUUUGUGAUAACAUUAUUGCUGCUAAUCAAGGACACCUUAUGUUAAAAGCUAUUGUUAAAGAAUUAAAAGAAACAAUGGGUCCUUCCUUCAUGAAAAGCAAAUGGCAAGAAUCUGGGCUUCAGUUCAGCCAAUGGAUGAAUGAAAAACAGGUGGCAAAAUGGAUAGAAGAUAAUAAGUUUGAAUUCUUGGAAGGAGACUCUAAGACGUGUGAGGAAGCGAAAAAAAUAUUGUCGCCUAGUCAGACUCAACAUAAAUUAAAUCAACUUAUGAAUACUGAUGAAAGCUGUGACUGCAUAAAAGGAUGGGUAAAGGAUAAGUUUGGUAAGUCUUCGAAUGAGGAUUGGUUCAUGCGAGCGUUAAUCCAAGCCAUCUGCGAACAUGCACUCUUUGGACCUGACACACAUGAUGUGCCUCAUUUUAAUCAAGAUCGCAUGAACAAGUAUGCUAGUCUCAUACACGACUUUGGCGAGACAAAACAGUCGAGAGAAGCAAGCUGUUUAUUUGGAAUACAACAGCUAAUACAUAGGCUAGAACAUCCACAAGGGUUAACCUUGGAAAUAUUCCAAUAUUUGCAUGAACAAUACAUAAUAUCCCUAGAAGGUUUUCUUGCGUGGGAGGCAUCGGAUAAGGAGCCAGAAGGCAAAGGUGUGAUGAUGAAGGCCUUGACCUCGUUCUUCACAAACAUUAAGGAGGCCGACAAUGAGGACUCUUGUAGUGAGGACUGA